AUGCACAAGUGUGAAUCUGAAUCCUCUCCCUUCACCUUCACACUUGGCUGGGCAAAUGAGACGCCGAGGCCAGUCUGUUUGCUCAGUUCAGAGAACAGGCGGGGAACUAAAGGCAAGGUCACACUAGUAACUUGUAUGAGGAGAUAUCCCCCUACACACGAACACCAGCUAUUAUCGGUAGACGGGGAUGUGGUCACACUUGUCAAGAAAGAACCAUCGUCCCCGCGCAGCGGUGACGCCGAUAGUAAACAAACCACCAUGGAGCUUUCCUCCGAAGAUGAGUUUUGUGGCUAUUUUUCAGCUAUUACGGCGCUUACACAGUGUGCAUUAGCCCUUGCUGCUGUAAAACAAAAGAAAAAGGAGCCAAAAAGACUGUGGAUGAGAAAGUGGCUACAAAGAAAAGAUAAAAAUAAAAGCGAAAGUAAUUUCGGAUGAGAGCUCCAUUAUGCCAAUCCUGCUGAAUGUUUGU